GAGCUGGCGAGAGUUUGUUGUUGUUCGGCGCUCGUGCGAAAAUAGCGUUUUUCGACCGUGGCAUAUUUGUAAGAUCUAUAGUUUUUUUUAUAUCAGGGAAGUAGUUUUAUAUUAGAUAAGUAAAAGCUAUUUUUUAAAGACGCUGUUACGAAAAAAGACUCAAAAGCAGUUGUUUGAACCUCGCGGCUUGCCGUAGAUUGUCCCGUUGUCAUCAUUACCAUAUCUUCCUGUCCCAUAUGUAGCAAACACAGCUAGCUAGCUUUUGUUACCAUGUUACCGUGCUCGCUUCGCACACAUUUGAGUUAGAAAUAGGUUAGCCUUUAUUAAAAAUACUAUUUUGUAUUUUAAUAUACGGCAAUACUCCGUGUGGGAGAGGCCCCGCCCAUCCGCGGAGAGGUAAACAAAGUGUAUCUUCGUCACCUAGCGUGAUCGAGCUGCGAUACAGCAGCCACCAUCACCCGAGUCGUCGCCUGUUAAUGGAAAAAUAUAUAUAGUGUCGCCAUGAAUUGCCGCUCAGAAGUUCUUGAAGUGACUGUGGAGGCGAGGCAGGUGGAAGAAGCGAUGCUGUCGUUACUGCACACCAUUUUACUGCAUCGCAGCACCGGGAAGUUUCACUACAAAAAGGAGGGCACCUACUCCAUAGGGACGGUGGGCACACUGGACAUCGACUGCGAUUUCAUCGAUUUCAGCUUUGUCAGGGUGUCCUCGGAGGAGCUGGACAGGGUGAUCAGGAAAGCUGUGUCUGAAUUCAAGGACGCUUUGAGCAACUCUGGCAGCGAUGGCAUGGGGCAGAUCUCCCUGGAGUUUUACCAGAAGAAGAAGUCUCGCUGGCCUUUCUCCGACGAGUGCAUUCCCUGGGAGGUGUGGAGCAUCAAGGUCAACGUUGUCAACCUCGCCAACGAGCAGGAGAGACAGAUCUGCAGGGAGAAAGUGGGCGAGAAGCUGGGCGAGAAGGUCAUCAAUGUGGUGGAAGUCAUCAACCGGCACGAGUACCUGCCAAAGAUGCCCACCCAGUCUGAGGUGGACAAUGUUUUUGACACCAGUCUCAAAGAUGUGCAGCCCUACCUUUACAAAAUCACAUACCAGAUCACAGACUCUCUGGGUACCUCUGUGAGCACGACAAUGAGGAGGCUGAUUAAAGAUACUCUGGCACUGUGAGGAUGCUCCAAGGAGGAUAGAAAGAUCUGGGUGAUUUUAUCCAUACCUGUAUCUGUAGUAAUGCCUGUCACCUGUUAUGCUAAAACACACAACUUGACAGCUGUGCUGCUGCUAAGAUGAAGCAGUGGAAGCCAUCAGUUGAUCAUUUUUUUUGUCUCUGCUGUGAUUUCAUUAUUGCUUGUACCUUAAUAUUCCUGAUUAUGUCAUGACUAUUUAAGAUAUUUUUGUGCAAGCAUUUUUUUUCCAAAUCAUCUUCACCUUCCAUCAUCUAGAAAUGCAGCUUUAAGACAGAAUUAACACUAUAUACCUAUCAGUCGUUUUGCUGAUUAUGUCAAAUGUAAAUUAUUGUUAAUCUUUGACAAUAAAUGUUGUUCAUUGUCACUGAUGGUA